AUGGUAAAGAAUAAUAUUUGUAAAUUAACUGCUGAUAAAAAAAAUGGCGAUUCUUAUGACCCCGAUGAUUGUGACUUGAUUGUACUGGACCUUAAUAAUGAAGAAAAGAAUGAUAAAUAUACGUAUCUUAAGAGGAAUGACUAUAAAGAAUAUUCUGGAAACAGUUUUGUAUGGGAAUCCUCAUCCAAGAACGACUUCACAUUUCUAACACUGUUUUACGACGGUGAUGAGAAGUAUAUAGUAAUUUUCCCAUAUGUAGGAAAUCUAAUACUUUUGCGAAAAUCAGAUAAUGGUUCCUGGAUUAAUUUAAAGACCAACCUCAAUUUGAGGAAAUUAAAAAUUUGUAUAAAUAAUGGAAAUUUACUUUCAUUUGGUUACUAUUAUUUUGAUCUUCAAAACUUUAACUUAAAAUUCAUAUUUCUUCAUUUUUGUGAAGUGGUUUUUUAUGAAGGAAAUUUGAUUUAUAACCACUGUGAUAGGCCAUUAAAUGGAUAUCCAUAUUCAUUGUCCUUUAAUUUAUUAGAUGACACUUUCUCAAUUCACCUAAUGGAUGAAUCUAUACUAACAUAUCAAAAUGUAAUGAAAGAAUUACCCGAAAUAAAACAUUGUGCCCUUACUAAAAACGAAAAUUGUUACAACACUUCACAGUCCACUGUUAAACGUAAACUCGAAUAUUCUAAGGAUCAAAAAUUGAUUAAAAAAAAGAAAUUAAAACACGAUAGACGAAAAUAUAUGUGUUCAUAUAGUGCUAAUUUUUAUGAUCCCAAAAUUGACGUUAAUGCUGAAAUUGUCUUUCUUGAUUCCAAUAUGAUUAUGUCUACUGAUAAGUUCGUCGCAUAUUGUUCAGGAUCAUAUAGGGAUUAUUUAAUCAGAAAAGGGUUUGCAUUUGGAGGUGUAGACGAAAGUUCAGAAGAUUGUGGAAUUCCAUUUGAUGAAGAGUAUCCUUCAUAUCAAAUAACUGUUACUAGAUCAUUUUAUGAAUUGCCUGAAAAUCGUGAUCUCGAGUAUAAGCCAAGAUCUAAUCCAGAUUAUUUAGGUUCUAUGAAGCCAGAUAUAACUAAGUUUAAGUUCUACGGCAAUGACGAUAUUGAGAUCAAGUCUGAUGAUAUGGAAGUCUGCUAUGACGACUUAUUUUAUGUAAUAAAGUUUAAGACUGAAUUACACAGAGUGGUUUAUGAUGGCAAGGAGUAUUGGAAUUACAACAAUAAUAAGAAUAAUGGAUUUCCUAUCAAAAUAUACUUCACCGACUACAACAAUGAUAUGAAUGUGUGCUUCAAUGAUGGGAAAAUUGAGAAGGUAAAGAUUAAGGUACUAUAUAUCAAAAUGUUCAAGACUGAUGAGUUUGGUAAUAGGGUAAUGAUAACUGACAAAGAGUACAAAGUCUCAAGGCCUGAAAAGGACAAACGACUAUAUAAAUUAAAGGAAGGUGUUAAGUGUACAGAGAUAUGGCAUGAUGAUCGUGAGUUUGUGUGGAAGCACAAGGAAGGUGACCCUUAUCCAAUUUCAAUUGUUUAUGAUAAUCAUUUAUUUUCAAUAAGCUUAAGAUAUGAUUCAUACUUUAUUGUUUUAUUGAGAGGACUUUGUAGCAUGAUAUGGAAUCCCAAGAUAUACUAUAUUCCGAAAUAUUUUAAACUAUAUAAACUGGAUAAGAAUGGUAACAAAUUAGAAUUGAAUGAUAAAGACUAUGAUUCAAAUUGUACCCAUUUCGGAAGAUUUACUUAUGAUUUGAAGAAAAAAGUCGAAUGUGUUGAGCUUAAGUUUAAAGGUGAAACCCUUUGGAAACAUGAACAGUCCCAACCAUAUCCACAUUCAUUCGGUUACUCUGCUUAUCACGAAACAAUUACGGCAUUCUGUGAAGGUUUUAACAUUAGGAUGGUAUGUACAAAAGGUAUUUGGAAUUCUUAUCUCGUUGGGCCAUAUAUUCCUGUGUGUUAA